AGAUCGUGCAACUUCGCUACAUAAACCCUUUUUCACUCGGUCAAGUAGGGUUUUAACAAAAUCGAGGAAGCGAAGUGUUGAGAUAUCUAAAGGAGAUGGCUUUUUUGAGUAAAUUCGGGAACAUAUUGAAGCAGACGUCGAGCAAGCAACUCAAUGCUCAGGUUUCUCUAUCAAGCCCCUCGCUUUUUCAGGCUUUAAGGUGUAUGUCAUCUUCUAAGCUCUUCAUUGGAGGUAUGGCUUAUAGCAUGGAUGAGGAUAGCUUAAGAGAAGCUUUCACUAAAUAUGGUGAAGUCGUUGAAACUAGGGUUAUUUUGGAUCGUGAAACGGGUAGGUCGAGGGGAUUCGGAUUUGUUACAUUCACCUCUUCAGAAGCGGCCUCUAGUGCUAUCCAGGCUUUGGAUGGUCGGGAUCUCCAUGGCCGGGUUGUUAAAGUAAAUUAUGCAAAUGAUAGAACAAGUGGUGGUGGUUUUGGAGGUGGGGGCUAUGGAGGCGGCGGCUAUGGAGGUGGCGGUGCUGGUGGCUAUGGAGGCGGCUAUGGCGGCGGUGGUGGCUAUGGCAGCGGCAAUGCUGGAGGGUAUGGCAGCGGCAAUGCUGGAGGCUAUGGCAGCAAUGCUGGAGGCUAUGGCGGCAGUGCUGGUGGCUAUGGCGGCAGUGGUGCUGGUGGCUAUGGAGGCGAUGCUACUGGUCACGGAGCUGGUGGUGGUUAUGGUGCAAGCGGUGGAUAUGGAUCUAGCGGCAACACUUAUGGUGAGGUUCCAAGUGCAACUGCAGGGGCUGUUGGUGACUAUAAUGGAAGUAGUGGUUAUGGUAGUGCCAAUACUUACGGUAGCAAUAAUGGUGGGUUCGCUGGAGAUAGCCAGUUUGGAGGAAACCCUGUUCCCAACAGCUCGCAAUUUGCUGGUGACAAUACUCAGUUUGCUGCCGGUAGCCAAUUUGGCGGUGAAGAUCAAUUUGGAAGCAUGGAGAAAAGUGAAAUUAAGAUGGAGAAUGGACCAGUGGAAGGAGAUUUCGAAGAUGACACUGAUGUUGCCAAAAGAGCUUGAAGCAAGUAGCAAAAAAUGUUUCAAGACUUGGUUUAAUUUUUAUGAUUAGUGAUAGUUAUCUGAACUUUCCUGAGGAAAACACUUCAUCUAGUAACAAUCUGCUAUUUCUAUCUUGAAAAUAAGUUGUAGUUUGAGAUUGUUUCUGAAGGUAUCUAUUGAAUUUUAAAACAAAAAUGUGAGCUUUGUUUCAGCUUUUCUUAUGGUCUACACAGUAAACACUAAUCAGACUUUAAAAAUUCCGAA